AGACGGUUGGUCGAACGCCUCGUCCUCCGCUUUGUCCAUCCUCCAUUACCGUCGCGGUCUACGCGAUGCGAAAGCAUUCAAACUCGUAGUACGAACAACCCAAAUCCCAUCCACCCUCCCCCUACCCCAACUCCUAAAACCCUAGCCUGCCACCACCCCGUCCCCGGCUUCCCUACCCACCACUGCUUCCCUCCGUCGCCACCCGCCACCGCUCCAAGCCGAGUGCCGAGAUGGCUUCCGCCUCGCCGUCGUGGGCCAUCCUGGGCAGCGUGCCGCGGGUGCUGGCUGCCGACGCCGACCUCCCUCCGGGCGCCGACCUCUCCCUCGCGCUGCCGGAGCCACCGCGCGUUGCGAUCCUCACCAUCCCCCCGCGCAUCUUCCCGGGCCGCACCACCUCCAGAAGCUUCCCUUCCGUCCGCGCCGUCGACGCCUCCGGCCUCCUCCUCCUCCAUGCCGACCAAGGCCCCGCCAAGGGCCCCACCGUCAUCGACCUCCCCAGCCGCCGGGAGUCCUGCUGGCGCCCAAACGUCGCGGGAUACUUCGUCCUCGACGCCAAAUCCGCGUCCGCCCUCCCGCUUCCCAAUCCCGAGUACAUCAUGCACCCGGGCCACCUCGGCCUCAUCGCCUCCCCAGCCGACGCCGGCCACUACAUGGUCGCUGAGCUCCAGAUGAUCCUCGGCGGCGACCGUGCCGACCUCCUCUGCUUCUCCUCUGAAGCCGGGGAAUGGGUCACCAAGGACGUCCGCUACCCGCUUCCAUCCCGCCCCUUGAGCCCCAAUGGCGUGGUCUCGCACUCCGGGAGGCUUUGGUGGGUCGACCUCUCCUGGUGCCUCCUCACGUGCGACCCCUUCGCCGACGCGCCGGUGCUGAGGGUCGUCCCGCUUCCGGAGGGCAAGGCGCUCAAAUCGAGGGAAGCUUGGGGACUGCUCGACAAGUACCGCUGCGUGGCUGUCAGCGGCGGCAAGCUGCGGUUCGUCGACAUGUACAGCAACCGUAACAGCGGCGGCUCUGCUCAGAUCGGCGUCUGGACGCUCGCCGAUCCGGACUCCACGGAGUGGACGCUGGAGUAUGAGGCCACCUUUACAGAGAUCUGGGACGACGCAAGCUACAAGGCGAUUGGUCUGCCCAGGAAGAUCCCCGUGCUUGCGCUCAUCCACCCUACGAACCCCGACGUGGUCUACUUCUUUCUGGACGAGCACCUGCUCGGCGUGGACGUGCGUGCUCGCAAGGUUGUGGAGUGUGAGGUCUACGAGCUGGUUGCCCCACCUAGCCAGCACGUGGGCACCCGUUUCGUUCAUGCUUGGCAGCUGCCACGGACUCCCUGUUCAGAUGAUGAUGUUACGUGUCCUUCCCAAUCGUCUCGUGUCCCCAAACCAGUAUGCAAGUUCUUCCUUACAUUACAGGGUUGUAAAAAUGGCAACUCUUGUUCAUUUUCACAUGAUUGUGGCUCCUCGAACUCAAAAAAUGGAGAUGGGCAUGCAGUGGAGUCUGAUUCAGGGACAAAUGGUAUUAACCUGUUAGAUGAAAUAAAUGUUUUCAUUAGGCAUGGGGGCCCAACCUUAUCACUGCAGGUGAAGUUGGAUGAACCCUCGAAGCUCAUGAUGAACACACUUCGAACUAGAACAAGGAAUUAUUUUGCUGAUAUGUAUUUCUGGUAUGGCUGAAAGUUACACACCCCGAUCAUACACUGAGAUCUUAUGGUGUGUUAAACAAUUGCACCAUCAAGCUUUCAGGAAGGAUCCGAGGUGGAAUAUCAUUUACGAAAUAUGUGGCAGACAACAAAAAUAAGAUGAUGGUUGUGGUGAGAAUGCCUGAUGGCCAGUAUUCCUUGGAGUUAGCAAGAGCGGGUUGCUUGUUUAUUAGAUCUUUAAUUUGUGCAUUCACG